CGCCCCCUUCCCCCAGGGAUGCGCUUAAAAGGCAGUGGCGGUGGCGGCAGCGCCUGGCGCCCCAGCUCACCUCGGCCAUGAGCAGCGCGGCCGGCCCAGACCCAUCGGAGGCGCCCGAGGAGCGGCGUUUCCUCAGCACCGCGGAGGCAGCCGCCCUGGAGAGGGAGCUGCUGGAGGAUUAUCGCUUUGGGCGGCAGCAGCUCGUGGAGCUGUGCGGUCAUGCUAGUGCCGUGGCUGUGACCAAGGCGUUCCCGUUGCCCGCUCUCUCCCGGAGGCAGAGAACGGUGCUGGUUGUGUGCGGCCCGGAGCAGAAUGGGGCGGUGGGGCUCGUCUGUGCCCGGCACCUGCGUGUGUUUGAGUACGAACCCACCAUCUUCUACCCCACGCGCUCGCUGGACCUGCUGCAUCGGGACCUGACCACCCAGUGCGAGAAGAUGGACAUCCCCUUCCUCAGCUACCUGCCCACCGAGGUGCAGCUCAUUAACGAAGCCUACGGGCUGGUGGUGGACGCUGUGCUGGGCCCCGGCGUGGAGCCGCGUGAGGUCGGGGGCCCCUGCACCCGUGCGCUGGCCACGCUCAAGCUGCUGUCCAUCCCCCUCGUGAGCCUGGACAUCCCUUCAGGCUGGGACGCAGAGACUGGCAGCGACUCAGAGGACGGGCUGAGGCCCGACGUGCUGGUGUCGCUCGCGGCGCCCAAGCGCUGCGCUGGCCGCUUCUCCGGGCGCCACCACUUCGUGGCCGGCAGGUUCGUGCCCGACGACGUGCUCCGAAAGUUCGCUCUGCGUCUGCCGGGAUACACGGGCACCGACUGCGUCGCGGCCCUGUGACCGCCACCCGCGCCCACGCCGCUGGGACCCGUGCCAAUAAACAGCGCUCCCACCACCA